GCAAAAAAAAAAUUAGAAGUGUCUUUUAAAUAUUGCUUUGAAAUUCUAAAGGCGACAACAAAAAUUUAUUCUAUAAAAGCACAGACGUAAUAAACGGAGUAUUAAUAUGAUCUAUGAAUUUCAGUGAAAAAAUACUCCCCCUUACGUUCAUAGUAUAGAAAUUUUUUAAAAAUAUUAAAUAAUUUAAAAUAUAAGAUAUUAACUAGUUCUUAUGAGUACUAUUUAAUGGGAUAAUUUAAAAAAUUUUAUUGUUGAUAAAUGUCGUCUUUUUAAAAAUACUUUUAUUUAAAGCACAAUUAUGUAUUAAAUAUAUGUACUUUUUUUAAUAAAAAUUUAAAUUUUUCUUUAUUAAAUUAUAAGAAACUAGCUUUUCUGUGACAAGAUAAUUAAAAAGUUUUUUAAAAAAAUAUUAGCAUUUCAACAAACUUUCUUAAAUUUAUAAUAGUUAAUCAGUGCAGGCCAGACCCGACGCAUGAAGUGAAUGGGAGUCAGUAGAAAAGGGAGGUGCGGGCCCCAGGGAUGAAAAGGUGGGCCCCGGUGGGCACGAAGACAGAAAGCAUAAUGGAGGAUCACAUCACAUGUCUGACACUGACGAUCGAAAUGCAGGCAUCGAUUUGAAUGUCACAUGGUGCGGGAAGGGGAGGCCCCAAAUAGGGAAAAGAGCAAAAAUAGUAACGCAGGCAGUGUGGUGGAUUGGAUUGAGGCAGAGGAGAAAGAAAGCACCUGGCAGAGGCAUAAGAGGAUAGCGAGGGAAUUCUUAUUAAGGCAGGGUGUGUGGGGGUGGCGGUGGAAUCCUUUUUCCAUUUGCUCCGGUCUCUGUUUCGUUCUCUCUGCGCUCCCUUUGCUUCUCCAUGGCUUCCCCUGAAUGCCUUACCAGUGUUCAGGGUUAUGAGGGAUUCAAUAAAAAUGUGAACAAGACAGCCUGCCUUUCGGUUUUGUUUCCAGCAUUUAAGCCCUCAUCUUGAAUGUACCCCUUUCGAACAAUAUUCGAUAUCACGAAAACGUUGAUUUUGUUUUUUCAUGGUUCCAUUUGAUCAAGUCAGCGUUCCGCUACAAAAAUUGAACAGUUGGGGUAAUAAAUGAUUCAUUUGCCUCUAGUUGCCACUUCUCUUGCCCAACAGAGUGUCUGGGAAGCAAUAAAUUCAUUAAAUUGUGAUAAGUGCGUAUAAAUUUUCUUCUUUAAUUUCUCUCAUUUCUCGCACUUACAAUUAAUGGCAUAUGAAUGUUCAUUUCCUAUUCUUAAUUACAACCAUGCAAUUACUGAAGGCUCUUUUUAUAACUUCAUGUCUGGAAGAUUUACGCACUAUGGGGGACCUCUCUUGUAACAUGUGUUGCAUUUCCAGGAAACUCUUGUUUUGAAGUUGCAGAUGUCGUCACCUUCAGAAAACUAAUUUUCCGGCCAUUUUUAAUAGUAUAAUCGCAUUUGGAAUGCGCUGCCGCUGCCACUCUCAUCUGAAUGAGAUUCUCCACAAUGGCUGUAGCCAUAGAUCAAAAUCAUGGGUUUAAGCCAUUUAGCCGAUGCAAGCUCCAAUCCUAUGGUCACAUUGAUCAGAACCUUAUAGAACUUGACCAAACAAGUCUCAACCACUCUUCCAAACAAUCAAUUGAAUCCAACAAUAUUCCCCGCAGUUUCUCCACUCCAUGCCUACCUUUAACCCCUUCAGCAGAUGAAGAGCUUGCUUCUUAUCCCAAGAUUGAGAUAGUUGGUGGUAGUGGAGCUCCGGUACAUGCUCUAGUUGUAGAAGUUGCCAUAGCUAUGGCCUCUGGUUCUCAUCCUAUUCCAGUCUCAAAAGGGUUAGGUGGUGCCUAUGUUUUCCGCAGCCAAAAUGGCAAGGAUAUAGCCGUGGCCAAGCCAGCAGAUGAAGAACCUUUAGCCUUCAACAAUCCAAAAGGCUUGAGGGGUCGAAUGUUUGGCCAACCUGGAUUGAAGCACUCCAUCCGGGUAGGUGAAACUGGGAUACGUGAAUUAGCUGCUUGUUUCCUCGACCAUGGAAGCUUUGCUGGUGUGCCUCCCACUGCUUUGGUCAAGUUCUCUCAUGCUGCCUUUUAUUUUACCGAUGCUGCAGUCGCAGUGCCAUCAGCAAUACCUUGUAAAAUCGCUUCCCUCCAACGCUUCAUUGAUCAUGAUUUUGAUGCAGCAGAGUUGGGCCCUUCCUUUUUCUCUGUUGCUUCUGUUCACAAGAUCGGGAUCUUAGACAUCAGGCUUCUAAAUCUUGACAGACAUGCAGGAAAUAUGCUUGUGAAGAAGAAACAAGGUCACCAUAGUUAUAAUGCCUGUGGAUUUGGUGAUCUUGUUCCCAUAGACCAUGGCCUUUGCCUUCCUGAGUGGCUGGAUGAUCCAUAUUUUGAGUGGCUUCAUUGGCCGCAAGCCUCCAUUCCUUUUUCUGAGUCUGAGCUCGAUUACAUAUCCAAACUCGACCCAUUUAAAGAUGCAGAGCUUCUAAGAACUAAGCUUCCUUCUCUGAGGGAGUGUGCUAUAAGGGUUCUUGUUGUUUGCACCAUUUUCUUGAAGCAAGCUGCUGCUGCUGGCACCUGUAUUGGUGAUAUUGGUCAAAUGAUGACUCGAAAGUUCUGUGGCGGAGAGGAAAUGCCUAGUGAACUGGAAGAUAUUUGUGUUCGUGCCAAGGCUAUUAUCCCUCGUGGUUCCAACCUGGAGAAGAUGAAAGAAGAAACUGAACAAGGGUUUAAUAUGUUUCAACUCGACAAUCCAACUCAAGACGGACUGAACAAGGGCUUUGGAACGCCAGGUUUUCCAUUUGCAGGAUCAAUGGAUGGAUCGAGUGAGGAGGAUGAUCAAAACAAAACCUUGGAUGCUGGAAAGAUCGAUGAGAGUGAGAAUGAAACAAAGGGGGUUCUCACAAAGAGUGUUAGUAUGUCUUCAUGGAACCAGAAUUGUAAAAAAGGGGUCAUUUCAUUUGGCGAAAUGAACCAAGGCGAAUGGGGAUCGUUUCUGGAAACCUUGAGAAGCUUUUGCUGGGCGUGUUUGGGGAUAAGAAGUGCGGGAAUUGAAGCAAAAGUUGGAACCUUGUGCAAGUUAAGGUGUUAGGAAUCUUCUAUACAUAUAAUAGUUAAAAGCCAGAGUUUACAUGUCAAUGUAUAUUUAUAUGCCAAAAAACACAAGUAGGCAAUUCUAGAUGUCUAUAAGGUGAAAUCCAAAUUUACAAGGAUGGAACAGUGAUUGGGAAGUGAUUCAAUCCUUUUCAUUCUGCCAGGUAUCUUUCGUUGUUUUCCUCUUUUUUUUUUUUUCCCUUUAAUAUCCCUUUCUUGCGUCAACUUUAGUAGCAAACUAUGACCCAGGUGGGUUGCCAUCCUCUAUUAUGUAAAAUUAUAUAUGUACCAGUUACUUCCAUUGUCCAACUUCA